ACUCAGUUCAUCUUGAAGGCAGGAUAAUUGAAGACCUAAGCAGUCGUAGCAUAUGAUUCCACCAAUAUCCAAACAGCCAUCCAAAUCCCUAAACGAAAUUGCGCGCCAAUAAUUUUAGUUACAAGCGAGGAGAAGGAUUCGAUGGAUGAAUAAUAUGAAGUAUUGAUGAAUUUUCUAAAUGCAAUAUUAAGAUGGCAUCAGCAAUCGGCUGGUACGGACCCUUAAUCGAUCUCCAGAGAGCCCAUUUGCACGUCGGUGAUCUGGUUCAGCUUCUAGUCUUCGUCCACCGAUCCACUCCUGUUCAGUACAAAUUAUCGAAAGGUGGGGAGGCUAUUAGAACCGACAUUCAGGUGGGUGACGAUACCCGGCCGUUUUUCUCAGUUUGCUUGUGGCAAAAACAAAUGGGAUCUAUGGCAAUUGCUGGUGAUGUCAUAUUGUUAGAAAAUGUCAAGAUUAUAAAAUUUGGAGGGGUUGUUGAGGCCAGAACUGACCAGUAUUCAUCAUUGCAAUGCUUGAUCCACCCGUAUGAAUCACUUCUUUCUAAAGGUGUAGAUGAUUUGAUAUUGGAUUGUCAAGUAGGUAAAACAACAAAGGAAAAACUUUCUAAGGUAAUCGAAUGGGUGCAGCGAACUAAAUCCAAUUUCUGCGUUGAAUUGUGCAGUUCUCAGAGGAGACCUCUCUUAAGGAAUUGGAAAGUGCUGGAAGAGAGGAAAUCUUGGAAAUGUUUGUCGCUGUCUGAAGCAUCACACUUUACUGAUAACUGUAAUGUGAUUUUUAAUGCAUCUGUAGGGGAAAUGUUUCUGCCAAUAACCUGGAAAGCACCUGGUGAAGUUGACUAUGAGAAAAUGUUCAUCAGCAGGAGAUUAUCUACAAUUGAGGAUAAUGAUUUAGCAGAAGAUCUCAUAUGUACUGGUUGCCAUCUAUGUGAUUUGCCUUUGGAUUCGAGAUAUAGGUCUACAUCUGAGCAAAACUCUGUUCCACUCUACUGUGAAAGAAGCUCUAAUCGUCUACAUGCAGUAAGCUUGAUUUAUAGGCCCUUUAUGUUAUAUGUCUGGGAUGAAUUAGAGUAUUUGCCACUCCUUGUUAGAAACAAGGCUGCUGAACUCUUGUUUGGAAAUAUCAGGGCCGAAAGAGUCUACCAAUGCUAUCCAGGGAAGAAACAAGAGAAGCACCCAGGUGCAAAAUAUGUUCAAAAGGAGAAUCAUAAUAUUGCCAGGGCAACUCAUGUUUUACUGAAGUUGCCCGGGAAAGAGUUGUGUGCUCUCGCUUACCAGAUGCAGAUAAGUGCUUGGAAGGAAAGGAAAAGCACCAGUGUGAUAAAAACAUCCACUUCUAUCUGAUUUGGUUGAUUAUUCUAAAACAGCUUCUAAAGCAAGGAAAAAACAGCCCGUUAGAAUUUGAGGUGGCCAUUAAUUCCAACCUAGAUAGGGAAAAUGGGAGGUUUGAAAUGGUUUCUGCCUCAGUUCCAUGUUUCAUGACGAACUAUCAUGCUCGGUAAACACUAAUGAUCAAUGGUCAUUAAAUGCAGGUAAAUUUUAUCUUACUAAAUUUCCUAAAGAGUGUAAAUAUUUUCCAGUUAAGCUGGAAAAACAAACUAUCAGCAUUAACAAAGAAAAGAGGAACUUUGCCAUAAACAUAUCAAGAAUCAAAUCUUGGUUUAGCUAACGAGCAUUUAGUUCAGAAUUUGGGCUUCCAAUAGUUUCAUUUGGCAUUCUGCAUGUUCUCUUUCACAGGCCUUGAUUUCCAUGAUAAUAUCAAGCAUUUUCCCGGUUGUGCCAAAAAAAUACAAGGGGUGACAAAGAUUUCUGUAGUAUUCCUACUGGAAAUGCAAUGCAAGCAAAGCUCCAGCUACUGAGAAUACUCAUGUACGCAAUGCACUGCAAAAAUUUCACAUUGUUAAGACUGAAAUCACACUGGAAAUGUAGACAGCAUUUCGCUGCACUAAAAGAAUAUUUCAAUGAAAAGGUUUGGUUGUAAUUUCUAA